CCCCGCACACCCGCACGGCCCCGCACAGCGCUGCGAUGGAGCGGGCGGCGGGCGAGGCCCGGCCCCUGCUGCCAUCCCCGGGGGGCUCCGCCGCGCUCCCCGCCCCCGGGCUCUCCUCCGCCGGCGCCGUCUUCAUCCUGCUCAAGUCUGCGCUGGGCGCGGGGCUGCUGAGCUUCCCCUGGGCCUUCGGCAGAGCCGGCGGGGCCGUGCCCGCCCUCCUGGUGGAGCUGGGCUCGCUGGUGUUCCUGGUGAGCGGGCUGGCCGUGCUGGGCUAUGCGGCGGCUCUCAGCGCCCAGCCCACCUACCAGGGGGUGGUGCGGGCGGUGUGCGGGGCGGCCGUGGGGAAGCUCUGUGAGCUCUGCUUCCUCCUCAACCUCUUCAUGAUCUCCGUGGCCCUUCUGAGAGUGGUGGGCGACCAGCUGGAGAAACUGUGUGACUCCCUGUACCCCAAUGGGACGCUGAGCGGGGCCCCCCAGCUGCCCCCCUGGUACGUGGACCAGCGCUUCACCCUCUCUGCUCUCUGUGUCCUCGUCAUCUUCCCGCUCUCUGUCCCCAGGGAGAUUGGCUUCCAGAAGUACUCCAGCAUCCUGGGCACACUGGCUGCCUGCUACCUCACUCUGGUCAUCAUCCUGAAAUACUACCUGCAGGCAGAGAGCCUGAGCUUGACCAGCCCCCCCCAGCCCUCCAGGUCUUCCUCCUGGGCCUCUGUCUUCAGUGUCAUUCCCACCAUCUGCUUUGGCUUCCAGUGCCACGAGGCGUGUGUGGCCAUCUACAGCAGCAUGAGCAACCAGAGCUUCUCCCACUGGGUCACCGUCUCUGUGCUCUCCAUGCUCGUCUGCCUGCUCAUCUACUCCCUCACGGCAGGGCUCUAUGGCUACCUGACCUUCGGCGAGGCCGUGGCCUCCGAUGUCCUGAUGUCCUACCCCGGGAACGACCCACUCGUCGUCGUUGCCCGCCUGCUCUUCGGCGUCUCCAUCGUCACCAUCUACCCCAUCGUGGUGCUGCUGGGCAGGUCGGUGGUGAAGGAUCUGUGGGCAGCCCCCAAGCGCGGGGCCGCGGCGGUGUCCGAGGCGCAGGAGCGGCGAGGCCGGGUGGCACUGACUGUCACCUGGAUGGGCACCACCCUCGCCAUCGCCCUCUUCGUCCCUGACAUUGGGAAGGUCAUCGAGCUCAUCGGGGGCAUCAGUGCCUUCUUCAUCUUCAUCUUCCCAGCAGGGCUGUGCCUGGUGUGCAUGACUGGGACCCGCAGCCUCAGACCACGCAAAAAGGCUGCUCUCAUCGCCUGGGGUGUCCUCUCCGUGCUGGGCGGUGCCUUUGUCUGCGGGCAGAGCGCUGCCCUGGCCGUGCUGGGGCUGCUGCGCUGAGGGCUCACAGCCCCACCGGGACUCCCACCAGGACCCCUCCUCCAUGGCCCCUCCUCCAGGGCCCCUCCAGCGCCUCCCCCAGCCCACGGCCCCGGACAGACCCGGACACAGCACUGGAUCCCAUCAGGUUUAUUUGGCGUCACGGCCCCGUUGUACAGUGGCUAAUAAAGACAGGACAGGGUAUCA